UGAAGCCCAGUCGGAGCUAAGCAGCAGCGGCGCGCGCCGAAUCUCUCCCGUCCACCCUGCUUGCAGAGACGCGGAGCAGCCGUUCCAGAACCGGACCUCUGCCUCGCCUCAGCCCGCAGCAUCUCGACGGGAGCUUUAAUCCUCUUUCUUAACUCUCCAAGGUGUAGAGCUGUUUGCAGAAAUAAAGCUGUUGCAAAGAAAGGAGAGCAGAAGAGAAAGCCAGCCAGCCAAACAGGCAGAAGGAAAAGCGCGCAAAAAGCGCCGAACUCUCCCCGGGCAGGCAGGGAGAGACCUGCGCCUGGUGCUUUGCCAAGUACCGUGUGAAGGGAAGCCAGAACUUGAAGUUACCUGCCCUGCCGUAAGAGAGGCAGGGGCUUUGACUGCGCCUCUCGCAGCCCUCGGCAGACGAGAACAGCGCUUUUCGGAAGAGUUUGCUCCCCCCCUUUCUUCUGCUUGCAAACCAUAAGCGGAUGUGAGGCAGGGAAGGUGUUCUUUUGCUUCUUCUAAACUCAGGCACCUCAGCCUUGGGGGGGCUUUUCCGCGUUUUGCUCUUGCUUGAAUAUAAGCACAAAGAGGGAAGCCGAGGAGUUUGCUUGAUGUUUUAGUGCAAUGGACGUAAGAUUUUAUUCGCCGCCGCCACCAGCACCACCUCAGUCGGCCGCCGCUCCUGAUACCCCCUGCCUGGGACCUUCUCCUUGCCUGGACCCCUACUACUGCAACAAGUUUGACGGUGAAAACAUGUAUAUGAGUAUGACAGAGCCGAGCCAGGAGUAUGUGCCAGCCAGCCAGUCUUUUCCUGGUCCAAGCCUUGAAAGUGAAGAUUUUAACAUACCUCCCAUCACUCCACCUUCAUUACCUGACCAUUCGUUGGUGCAUUUGAAUGACACAGAAUCUGGUUACCCUUCAAUGUGUCACCCUAUCAACCAUAAUGGCCUGCUUCCAUUCCAACCACAAAAUAUGGAUCUACCUGAAAUCACAGUCUCCAAUAUGUUGGGCCAAGAUGGAACAAUGCUUUCAAAUUCUUUGUCUGUGAUGCAGGAAUUACGGAAUACAGAAGGAACUCAAUAUAAUUCCCACCCCCAGUUAGCAGCCAUGAGGCCAAGGGUCCAGCCUGGAGAUAUGAGGCAACCAGGAAUGAUGCAACAUAGCCAGCUGACUACCAUUAACCAGUCACAACUAAGUGCUCAGCUUGGUUUAAAUAUGGGUGGAAACAAUGUUCCCCACAAUUCUCCAUCUCCUCCAGGGAGCAAAUCUGCCACUCCUUCACCAUCCAGUUCAGUUCAUGAAGAUGAAGAAGAUACUUCUAAGAUCAAUGGGGGAGAAAAAAGACCCGCCUCUGACAUGGGAAAGAAACCCAAAACUCCUAAGAAGAAGAAAAAGAAGGAUCCUAAUGAGCCACAAAAGCCUGUUUCUGCCUAUGCAUUAUUUUUCCGAGACACUCAAGCAGCUAUUAAGGGCCAAAAUCCAAAUGCUACCUUUGGUGAAGUUUCUAAAAUUGUAGCAUCCAUGUGGGAUGGCUUGGGAGAAGAGCAAAAACAGGUAUAUAAAAAGAAAACUGAAGCUGCUAAGAAAGAGUAUCUGAAGCAGUUAGCUGCAUACAGGGCAAGCCUUGUAUCGAAGAGCUACAAUGAGCCCGUGGAUGUCAAGGUAUCCCAACAACCUCAGAUGAUGAGCACAAAGCAGCCAGUAUUCCACGCGUCUACACAGCCUCAUUCAGCAAUGUUCCUAGGUUCCCAUUACCACCAACAAGCAGGAAUGAAUCCUCAUAUAACAGCCAUACUUCCCAAUAUCCCAAGGAAUAUAGCACCUAAGCCUAACAACCAAAUGCCAGUGACUGUUUCAAUAGCCAACCUGGCUGUAACUCCUCCUCCAACCCUUCAGAUGAGUCCUCCAAUUCAUCCACAUCUCAGCAUACAACAGCAUCAGCCACUUACAAUGCAGCAAUCAAUUGGAAAUCAGCUACCAAUGCAAGUGCAGUCUGCUUUACAUUCACCAACAAUGCAACAAGGUUUUACUCUCCAGCCUGAUUACCAGAAUAUUAUCAAUCCAACAUCCACAGCUGCACAAGUUGUUACCCAAGCAAUGGAAUAUGUCCGUUCAGGGUGCAGAAAUCCCCCAGCACAGACCGUGGAAUGGAAUAAUGAUUACUGCAGUAAUGGGGCCAUGCAGAGGGACAAAGCGCUGUAUCUUACCUGAAAAUAUUUUGGGAACGCAUCUCUUCUUUUCACUGAGGAAUGCAGGAAGGUCUUUUCAUUGUGGAUUACUUUAUGCAGUCGAGGCAGUUCUGCAUUUAUUUAGAACAUAUAAGUUGCUAAGCACUUAGGACUAUUUUUGCUGGUGGGUCAUUCACUCUGGGAAAAUUGUCUUGUUCCUCCGCCCCUCCUUUCUUUUUCUUUCUCCUUCCUUAAAUGGACAUUGCUUUCUUCCUUCCUUACAGAGGGAGGCUUGGACCAUUUGGAUUUUGUUGGUUUUUAUUUUUGCUGUGAAGUGCUGCGCUAGUAACUGCCUUAGCAACUGUAGAUGUCUUGGAUAAAAGUCCUGGAUUUUCCAUUGGUUUUCAUAAUGGGUGUUUAUAUGAAACUACUAAAGACUUUUUAAAUGGCUUGAUGUAGCAGUCAUAGCAAGUUGUAAAUAGCAUCUAUGUUACACUCUCCUAGAGUAUAAAAUGUGAAUGUUUUUUGUAGCUAAUUGUACUUUGAAACUGGCUCAUUCCAGUUUAUUGAUUUCAGAAAGGGGGUUAAAUUGGCAAACAUUCAUAUUUUUACUUCAUUUUUAAGCAACUGACUAAUAGUUCUAUAUUUUCAAACUCUGAAAGGAAAGAAGAUGAAAAUUAUUCCCAAAUGAAUUUAAUUAAACAGAAAUUGGCUUUGUGUCAUUAAUUAUACAAAGAAAAAAAACCAUGAUAUUGGGAAAAGAGCAAACAUGUUUAUUUUGUACUGCCUAAAACUGCUUUUUUAUCACUUUAUGUGUAACAGUUAGUAAAUGUCAUUUAUGUCCUUUUAUGUAUAAAACUGCCAAAUGCUUUCUUGAUAUUUUAUUAGAUGCAGAAACAGAUUGGAAACAGCUAAAUUAUAAACUUUACAUAUGGCUCUGUAUUAUUGUUUCUUCAUACUGUGUCUGUAUUUAAUCUUUUUUUAUGGAAGCUGUUGCGCCUAUUUAUGAAAUAAUAAAUAUAGGUGUUUGUAAGUAAAUUUGUUAGUACCUUAAAGAGGAUUUUUUAAAAAAUUACUUUUGUUGGCAUCAGUGUACUUGCUGCUGAUAUGAUUCUUUUUUUCUGUGAGAUGAAUAAAGCCAACCAGCUUUUGUGGCAGAUAAUGGAGAUAAUAAGGAAUUGUUCUAUACUUCAUAUGUUGAUCGAAGACCAAAAUGGGGAAAAAAAUUAACUCUAUUAAAUAAAAACUUCUUUCUCUUUCCUGCUAAGUUCAGUCUUUAGAUAGCAUAAUGAUUAAGAAAGGAGACACAGAGUACAUCCAAAGUCUGCCAUGGCAGAGCCUCUUCCGCUCAUUCUCUUCUAUGAAAGGAAGCUUUCUGCAUAUUCAUAGGGAUUGUGUUCCUUGCAGAGGUCAUUCAACUGCUCAUAAAUUAGAAAAAUAACAUAGGUGUGCAGCCCAUAUAAUGUACUUGGAUCACUGGACCAGUGCUGUAAUUCUGAAGCAAGCCUUUAUGUAUUCAAAGAAUGCCUCUCCAAAAAAAGAGCAGGAGAAAGGAAUAAUUAUAAUGGGGCAAAAGCCCACAAAAUUUAUUACAGUUAUGAAAGCACAAAAUAGAGUUCAUUAUUCUUUGGGAUAUGAAGUAGCAGAAAAGAGUGAUUCAUUGCUUCUUUACUUGAUGGCCCAAUAGAAGAACAGAAAAUGAGAGGUCAGAACUGACAGUUUGUAAGGAGUAUUGUCAUGGAUAGUCAAGAAUAACCAGGUCUGAUAAAUCCAUCUUGGAUGCUAAUCAUUCCAAGUGAGUGCAGGCAAGUGAGAGGAAGGGAUGAAUUAUUGGCUUAGAGAGAGAUCACAAGCUAUAUCUAAUCUCCUCUAUAUACUGAAUAAACCUGGGACUGUUCUAAUUAUUGACAGCAGGCAGCACAUUUCUUUUUCGGAAACUGACUUUUUCCCUUAUAAACUCUCUUGUUUCUUCAUUCCAAACAAGUAUCAGAUUAUGUGAUAUUCUGUCUACUUACUCCUGGGUACGACCUCUGUCAGGCAAGGCAUUUCUCAAAAUCUGGAACAAUGGGCUUCUUUUCAUAAGGGUGAAUGAUAGCUGACAAUUUCCUCAUCCUUCCUUUACCGACAUUGGAAGCUCCUUAGAUAACAAUACCAAAUAU